AUGGGUUUAGGAGGCAAAGGCUUGGGAAAAGGUGGCGCCAAGCGUCAUCGCAAAGUGCUGCGUGAUAACAUCCAGGGUAUUACGAAGCCAGCCAUACGCCGUUUGGCUCGCCGUGGCGGUGUGAAGCGCAUCUCCGGACUAAUUUACGAGGAAACACGUGGUGUUCUGAAGGUGUUCCUGGAGAACGUUAUCCGUGAUGCCGUCACCUACACCGAACACGCCAAGAGGAAGACUGUCACAGCCAUGGAUGUCGUGUACGCCCUGAAGAGGCAAGGCCGCACCCUGUACGGUUUCGGCGCUUAA